GAGCAAGAAAAAAGAAAAGAAAGAAGUCAAUAAAGAAAGUGCUCCCUUUCUCAAACUCUCUCUGCCACCUAGCCUUCCAUCAAAAUUCCUCCACCAUUUCCAAAUUAAAAAAACCCACAAAAAAAUAACUUCCAUUCCCAAACGUGCCCACCAUAUAAUACAAAGGAAAUAAUUUUAUUAUUUCCAACAUGGUGAUGCUAGGGUCGAUUGAGACAGGGCUUCUCUUCUUCCGUAGGAUUAAGGGGUGGCUUUUCUUCCGGCGAUUAAGCAGCGAACAGGGGUGGUUGGUACAUGCCUGGACAUGCUUCUUCGCCGGCGAAACGGGAAGGGAAUAGUUUGCCGGCGGUGAGAUAGGAGUUUGCCGGUACUGUUUGGUGUGUUGUUUUGUUCUUUUAUUAAUAAGGAUAAUUUUGUAAUUUACGUUUUAACUUUAGUAUUUCAGUUACCAUAUUACGUAACCAAAUCUUAGAUUCGAUAAUAAUUGUCAUAUUUUUUUUAAUUAACUACUAUUGGCGGGCCGGAUACUAAUUACUACUAAAUCUAACUACUCCACUCAGUCUCCCACCUGCUAAUUGCUAUCCAGUUGUGUUACACGGGACAGGAUAAAGCAAAGCCAUCUCUCUUUUUCUUUCACUGGACAAAAAAAGGUUAUAGCUUUCCCAACAUUGCCUAUCGUCCCUCAAACCAUCCUUUCUCCAUCUUCUCCCAAUGGCGGCAAAAGAUCACCAUGAAGACGUUGAACUGCAAGCUAUCACGGAAUCAGACGACGAAGCAGCAGCAGUGCCACAACAAGAACGCGUCGUCUCCAAGGCUAAACAAAUCAAGUGGUGGCUAAAAGUCCUAACCUACCCAGCCGUCAUACUCACCUCACAAACAGCCUACCUCCUGCUCGCCAGGCUCUACUACGUCAAAGGCGGAACCAGCAAAUGGCUCUCCACAACCGUCCAGCUCGCCGGCUUCCCCCUCCUCAUCCCUUACUACAUCUACACCAACCGCCGCCACAGUAAUAACCAACCGGAUCAAAAUUCGGCCGCCUCCAAUUUAACGCACGGAGCAUUCUACGUAAUUGUCGGCAUCCUCGCAGGCGGAAACACGUAUCUUUACUCCACGGGCAUGGACUACCUCCCCGUCUCCACGUCAGCCCUCAUCACGUCAUCCGAGCUGGCAUUCAACGCCUUCUUCUCCUACUUCCUCAACUCCCAAAAGCUCACUCCUCUCAUCGCCAACUCGCUCUUCCUCCUCACCGUCUCCUCCGUCCUCCUCGUCUUCGCCGGGGACCCCACCACCGACCCCCGGGGAAUCACCAAGGCCAAGUACACGCUAGGGUUCGUCUGCACCCUCGCCUCUGCGGCAGGGGCGGGCCUCGUGUUUGCCGUCUCCGGGUACGCGUUCAGGAGAGUGUUGAAGGCGCAGAGCUUGAGCAUUGUGAUGAACAUGUUGCUGUUUCAAGGGAUGGUGGCGAGCGGGAUUGGGGUUGUGGGGUUGUUGGCGAGCGGGGAGUGGAAGGGUUUGGGGAAGGAGAUGGCAGAGUAUGAGUUGGGGACGACGUCGUACGUUAUGACAUUGGUUUGGAUCGGCGUGACGUGGCAGGUUAUGGCGGUGGGGACGAUGGCGCUGGUCUUUGAGGUGAGUCCGGUGUUCUCUAACGCUGUGGGUACGGUUGGACUGCCGCUGGUGCCGAUUCUGGCGGUGGUGGUUUUUGAUGAUAGGAUGACGGGGGUGAAGGCGAUUGCGAUGGUGCUGGCUGUUUGGGGGUUUCUUUCUUAUCUCUGUCAGCAGUACUUGGAUGGCCGGCAAGUGCAAUGACACUAGCUAGUGGCUACUACUGGUAUGUAACGUUAUUGUGACAUGAGUAUUGAGUAUUGUUUCUGAGUUCGUGAUAGAUAAAUGCGUUUCUAGAGUAAUUUAUGAUGAUGUUAAUUGUGAAAUGACAGGUUAUUCAUAUAAUCCGGGUUAUAUUGAAAGUAGGAUAAGGACGCUCGCUAUCGCUUCGCGUGUGAGCGACAACAUGCUAUUCUAAAGAUUAAUAGUUUUAAUUUUGAUCGAAAAGUGGGCUUGUCAUCUACAUCUUCCUGUAGUUAAUGCAGCGAUUAACUUUAAUUAGCGAGAAGGGUCGUUGACUUGUCCCGAGUAUCACAAUUAAUUCCCGCCUAAAAUCCAAGUAUAAACCUUAGUAGGUUGCAAUACAGGGCAAGUAUGUUUAAAUAUCGACUCGGGCCGGCACGUGUACCCCUACUUCAAUUGUUUGAAACAUUAUCUAACGAAUUGGUUUUGGUUGAAAAUUUUGCUAAUUAAAGUAAAGCAAGGCAAAAGUAAAUAGUUUUGAAAGCACUAUGUGAGAAGGAUCACUUGGGUGUCGCUUCCCCCUAUCUACUACCAUGGCACGAGGAAUUGAAUUAAUUGUUACGAGCAAGGUGACCGCGAACCGCUAGGAAACGCAACUAUGGUCGUAGGCCACACUCUCGUUUGCGAAACCAAGGGAUACAUUAUAGGCUACUCAAGUAGCCCUCUAGGUUAAGGCAAUCGAUGGUUGACUUACUCUCUCACUCAACCCAAUGGUUGGUCGGCUUAAUCGCGCUUAACCAAAUUGCUUAAUUCAACAUAGAGGUUUGCCCUACAUUAACCUAGAUAGGUGGCUUAAAAAGCCCAAAGAAUCCCAACUCAAUUGAGCCUCCCUUGAAAGGGGGUCUUCCCUCUAAUCUAGGUUAGAAUGGCCAAUUAGAUUGCUAAGCACAAACAUUCACAAUCAACAUGAAAAAUACCUCAAUCAUUGAAUUAAACAACACCCAUAAACAAUUAUUCAAUUCACACAACAACUACAUGGCAAAAUAGUUAGGGUUUCACAACACUCAAGUGAAAAGGGAAACUACUACAUGCUAGAAAGGAGAAGAACACAAAAGGAAGAGGUAGAAACCAUCAUAGUGAUGCCUCCAAUCUCCUUUGAGCUUGUGUUGAUCUUCUCUUGGGGAGAAUCUUCCCAAUACACCACUUGGAGCAAACCCUAGCCUUCUUUCUUCCUUGGUUCGUUUUUUUCUCUCUCUAAAAUCUGAAGAAGAAGACACUUUCUCACUCUUGGGCUCCCCCUCUCUCUUCCUUUCAGCUCACAUUAUAUACCAAGAUUGGGCUCAGUUCACGGCUGUGAACUCUUCAAAGCGUCCGUGAACACAGAGUGCGAUGUCGUAACGCAUCGCUUCGCCAUUAGGAGUGCACGGUUUGGCCUCAAUCUUCACAGUCUUGUUGACCAUGAACUCGUAUCGCGGUAGUAACUGCGGAUUUCUCCAUGGACGCAUCGCGAUUCACGGUUUUGGGCUUCAGUUCAUGGCCAUAGUGGACCGUGAACUCCAAUGUUAACCCGUGAACUCCGCCUGGAUCACCCUCUUUGCCCAGUCUUCGCCUCUUUUCAUCCAACUUUCGACUUCGGGACUGGUUUCACCUAUGGGAUCUUGAAACACACUAAAACGCACAAAAUCUAGCAUAAAACCACCCUUUUAGGAGUCCAAAUGCUACAAACGUCCAAGGGAAACGGAGAUAAAAUGUGUGCAAUUAGGCCCGAAUCACUCCCCCACACUUAGACGUUUGCUUGUCCCCAAGCAAACUAUUUCACGCAAGGUAAAAACUCAGCCUAUCAAAGUUCUUUGGGGACAAUUCAAAGGGCACAAAGUGGCGAAUCUCAAAUGGCUAUUGGCAAUUAACACAAGGACCGUGU